GGCCUGCGGUUUGAGGUGGUUCCAUCCUGGUUUAAGGAGACACUUGAAAAGUCAUCUUUUGCAACUCCUUAUGAGUAUGCUGUGGAAACAGCGAAACAGAAAGCUCUCGAAGUAGCAAACAGAAUGCAUGUAAAACACCUGAGAACACCUGAUGUUGUCAUAGGAGCAGACACUAUCGUGUCUGUGGAUGAGCAGAUCCUGGAGAAACCAGUUGAUAAACAAGAUGCAUAUAGGAUGCUGUCAAGGUUGAAUGGGAAAGAACACAGUGUGUUCACGGGAGUGGCUAUUAUACAUUGCAGCAGUAAAGAUAACCAGCUAGACAUGGAAGUCACUGAUUUCUAUGAAGAGACUAAAGUAAAAUUUUCUGACCUGUCUGAAGAGCUCUUAUGGGAGUAUAUUCAUAGCGGGGAGCCAAUGGACAAGGCUGGUGGAUAUGGAAUCCAGGCCCUUGGUGGAAUGUUAGUUGAGUAUGUCCAUGGAGACUUCUUGAAUGUGAUGGGAUUUCCUCUGAAUCACUUCUGCAAAAAGCUAGCAGAGUUGUAUUAUCCGCCCCCUAAACAUAAUAUACAACAUAAAAAAUAUGACUCUAUCCCUUCCGUGGACACUUUUGAGAACCUAAGUGACAGAGAAAGUGAAUCUUCAAAUUUCACAGAGCAUAAAGGUGCUAGUAAGGUGGACAGCAGUGGGAUGUGUUCCUCAGGAGCUAUUUGCAAUUCUGGAAACAGUUCUAGUGUCAGAGCUGGUUUUAUGGUACCUUUGGAAAAGCAGACUGGAGUGUCAGUGUCAGCAAAAGUUCCAUCUAAAAUUCUAGAGCUGAUGGAUGGUUUUAGAGCUUCAAAGAUGUGUUUAGCUGAUAAUCUCUGCGCAGUAUCUGAUAGAGACAUACACAUAACACUUUACAAACAGGAGGUCACGUUCUGUGUAGCAGCCAAGUAUGAUGGGAA